AUGAGCGAGCUGAAGGACGUCCCCCCCCUCCAGUACUAUGACUUCAAGCCGGUGGAGCACGGGAAGGUGUGCCCCCGCUACACGGCCGUGCUGGGCCGCUCCCAGGACGAUGGCAUCGGCAUGGAGGAGGUGGACACGCUGCAGCUGGAGCUGGAGACGCUGCUGUCCUCGGCCAGCCGCCGCCUGAGGGCCCUGGAGGAGCAGAGACAGAUCCUCACGGACUGGCAGGACAAGAAGGGAGACAAGCGCUUCCUGAAACUGGGAAAGGACCCGGAUCCUGCUGCUCCGUCCCGCCACAAGCCAAAGAAGCAGAAGCUGGACGGCAAGGGAGGACACGGGCCCGGCCCGGGGCCCGGCAGACCCAAGUCCAAGAACCCCCAGCCAAAGGUUCAGGAGUACGAGUUCACGGACGACCCUCAAGACAUCCCCCGCACCCCGAAGAACGAUGCUCCCAACAGGUUCUGGGCGUCAGUGGAGCCGUAUUGUGCUGAUAUUACAAAUGAAGAGAUACGACUGCUGGAGGAGCUGCUGAAACCUCCGGAGGACGAGGCCGAGUAUUUCAAGAUCCCGGCGCUGGGGAAACACUACUCAGCGCGGUGGGCUCAGGAGGACCUGCUGGAGGAGCAGAGGGAGGGGGCGCGGGCCAACGACAAGAAGAAGAGCCUCAUGGGAGGUCCGCUGUCAGAACUGGAUGCAAAAGACGUGGACUCGCUGCUGAAGAAGUCUGAGUCCCAGCACGAGUCUCCAGAGGACUGCUGCCCCUUCGGCCCGCUCACCCAGCGCCUGCUGCAGGCCCUCGUAGAGGAGAACAUUAUAUCCCCCAUGGAGGAUUCUCCAAUACCGGACAUUUCAGGGAAGGACGCGGCCGACGGCGCUGGGACGUCUCCUCGGAGUCAAGGGAAAGCUUUUAGCGUUCCUCACACGCGCUCGCUGGAGGCCCGGAUCAAGGAGGAGCUGAUGGCCCAGGGGCUGCUGGACUCGGAGGAGCGGCCCGGCCAGGGAGGAGACUCCGAGGACGAGGUCCUGGCAGAGCUGCAGAAGAGACAGGCCGAGCUCAAGGCCCUGAGUGCCCACAACCGGGCCAGGAAGCAGGAGCUGCUCCGGUUGGCGAAGGAGGAGAUGCGCAAGCAGGAGCUGCGGCAGAGGGUGAGGGUGUCAGACAACGAGGUGAUGGAGGGAUUCCGCCGCAUCAUGGCCGCCAGGCAGAAGAAACGCACUCCGACCAAGAAGGAGAAGGACCAGGCCUGGAAAGCUCUGAAGGAGAGGGAGAGCAUCCUCAAGCUGUUGGACGGAUAGAUGGAGGACUCACCUGUUGAUGUUGUUCUUGUUGAUGUUUUUAAUCCAGAUCGUUUCCUCACACCUGCUCAGAUGACAACAAUACGGAAGAGUAUUAGGGCCAGGCAGGAGAAAAAUAAAAAUAAUAUUUUAGAGGAAGAUUUUUUUUUUCGUUAUGCACUUCGAGAAAAAAGUCAAAAUGCCGAGAUUAAUUUUGAAGUACAAUUCGAGAACUUUAUUCACGAAAUUUCGGCACUAUUCUUGAAAUUGUAUUUCAACAUUAAUCUCGACAGUUUGACUUGUUUCUGCACAAUUGCAAAAUAAAAAAAAAAAAUCUCCCCGUCUCAAAUAUCUUAGUACAUUUUUGAGAAAAAAGUCAAAAUGUUGAGGAAAAAAGGUGAAAUUUCAACUUGAAAUUGUAUUUCAAUAUUAUUCUCAAAAUUUUGACUUUUUUCUGAACAUUUGACUUUUUUCUCGAAGUGCACAAUAAAAAAAAAAAAUCUUCCCCUCAAAUAUUUUUUCUCCUGCAUGGCCCUGAUACUUUUCCUCACAACAGCCAUCCUGCAGUCCAGAUGAAGAUGUUUAUGUCGUAGUUUUAACAGCAAGCCCAUAACAAACACACCGGCUCCUCUUUUCUACUCGCCUCGUCGGCUUUUCUCCUCCCACUGUUCUCUCACUCGUUCAUUUACUGUUGUAACGUCAUGACGGCAAUACAAAGUGGUUGGUAUAAAUCUGUU